AUGAGCUCAUUUACAGACUCGUAUGCGGCUGCUAUUUCUCUUACCAUUCUAAACUGUGGCUACUCUACCCACACUGAAACUAAAAUUGAUUUUUCAAGGUUUUGCAACUUAAAAGAUAUUGUUGUUCAUUCUGAUAGCUAUGAAUUUGGGAGCUUUACAAUACCACCUAAUUUGCGAAGAUUGGACGUGAGUCAAUAUCUCAAUCUAAUAAAGUUGGAAUUACCAGGUCGCUUCCUUCCGAAUAUGAAGGAACAAGUCCUUUAUGGUAACAAAGUUGGUAGCGUGGCUCAUAUAGGUAAUAUCAUAUUUUUAAAGGUACUUUCAUUAUCUAGAAAUAGGGUGUACGAUAUCAAAUCCCUUGGUAAGUGCACCAAGCUUCAGAAGCUUGAUUUGUCAGCGAAGAAAAUGAAAUCGAUUGAAGGAGUUAAAAAUUCAAGAGAUUUGCAAAUGCUUGACCUUUGUGACAAUAAAUUAAUUAUCUAA